AUGCCUAAGGCUGCUGCUCCCGCCAAGCGUGCGACCAGAACUAAGCGGGCCAAGAAGGACCCCAACGCUCCCAAGCGCGGCCUGUCUGCCUAUAUGUUCUUUGCCAACGAACAACGUGAGAACGUCCGUGAGGAAAACCCUGGCAUCUCUUUCGGUCAGGUCGGCAAGCUCCUCGGUGAGCGAUGGAAGGCCCUCAACGAGAAGCAACGUGCUCCCUAUGAGGCCAAGGCCGCCGCUGAUAAGAAGCGGUACGAGGAUGAGAAGCAGGCCUACAAUGCCGAUCAGGAAGAAGAGGAGUCUUCUUAG